AUGGAUCACAAAUGGAAUUCUUAUUUAUUAGAUUAAAUUCGUUUGAGUAAUCUAGAUGAAUAAUAAGAAAAAAUUGAAAUACUAGAAUCAUUACAUAAUCUUGAAUAAAAGAAUUAGAAGUAUGAUCAAGAAGUAUUCUUUAAGGUAAAUUAUAGUUAAAAAUCAGAGAAAAUUAAGCUAUGUUUGAUAAGAAUACUAUUAAUUCACUCAUAAAUAAAAUUUAAUAAUUUUAAGAUUAAUCUUAAGACCUUAAUUAAUAAUUAAUCAAAAUGCAAAGAGAAUAUAAUUUAUUAAAUGAUCAUUUAUAAUUUGAUAAAAAUGCAUUUGAAAUCAAAAUCAAUGUAUAUAAUAUUUCUUAUCUAAGAAAUUAAAUAUCAUUUAAAGGUAAUAGGAUAAACAAAUAUAAAAUCUAAAGAUCUAAAAUAGCAGGUUCAUUUAAAUUAACAAAGAGUUGUUAAACUAAAUAAAUGAAUUAGGAGAUUAAAUAGAAAGAUAAACUGAAAUCAAAGAUCAAACAAAAUCAGAAAAUUAUCUCUUAUAAUAAACAGCAAAUACUAUAGAUUAAAUACAGAAAGAAGAGGUUAAUAUCACAGCUUUUGAAAUUUCAGAAGAAAGUUAUUGUGAUGAAAAAGAUCAAACGACAAAUUUGAGAUAAAUAUUAGAUUAAAAAUCAGAAUUGCUUAUUCAAUAUGAAGAAUGCAUUAAAUAAUCUACAAAAUAGAUAAAAGAACAACGAGCCUAAUUAUAAUUAUUACAAUAUUAACUUAAAUAAAUAAGACAAUAUCAAUUCAAUUAGAAAAAACUUAAAGAGUAUAUCUAAGUUUUAGAAAGUGAUUUCUUAGUUUCCAAAUAGUUAUUAGCAGAAAAAGCAGAUAGAUAUCAAGAAUAAGUGAUCUUCUUGACUUAAGAGAAUUACAAUCUAAAAUAAAAAAAUUAAAUGCUUUCAAUAAAGGUAUCAUAAAAAAUUAAAUCGAAAUAUCAAUUGA